CUGGAUGAUUCAGCCUCUCCUCUGGCAGGAGAUUCCUCCUGCCGGAGGAGUACCAGACACGCCUGCAUCGGGCUGGAGCAUUAGCCUCACCGAGAAGGAUCUGAAGGAGGCCAAGGCGCGGAGCCAGCAGAUCGCUGCGCAGCUGACCACCCCUCCCAGCUCUAAUUCCCGUGGCGUCCAGCUCUUCAAUAGGCGCCGGCAGAGGGUGAACGAGUUCACCUUGGAGAGCCACGGCAAGAGGGGACAGAAGCCCAGCCAGGAGUUCCUCAGAGCGCUCCCUACAAGCCCCACAGGCCAUGCCCCAGGGCUCAGCCUGAGUCCUACUGCACUGCCUGAGCCAGGCCCUCCAAGGCGCCCCAAUCCCAAGAGCCCCGACAAAGGGGUCCCUGGCCACAGCAUGGAGGGUCACUCAGAGGACGCCAGCUUGCUGCGGCACCUGGAGAAGGUGGCCAGUGAGGAGGAAGAGGUACCACUGGUGGUUUAUUUAAAGGAGAAUGCAGCCCUGCUGACAGCCAAUGGGCUCCACCUGUCCCAGAACCGAGAGGCCCAACAGUCCCCACCGACCCCACCUCCACCUGAGGUCCACAGCCCAGAUGCAGAUGUCAACCAAAACCUUUCCCCACCCAGUGCCACACUCACCACACCAGCUUCUAACAGCAACCACAACCCGCCAGCCACUGAUGUCAAUCAGAAUCCACCGGCAGCUGUCAUCCUGCCACUUUCUAGCAUCCAACAGAAGUCGUCAGAGGCACAGCUCCCGCCCAAUGGCACAGUGCCAGAUUCCAAAUCCAGCACUCUGUGUGCUGAUGGGCAACCCCCAGUGCCAGCUGAGGAGGUGAGAUCCAACACACUCCUAAUGGAUAAAGUAUCAACUCCACCGACCACCACCAGCACCUUCACCAGAGAAGCUACUCCCAUCCCCAGCUCCGGGACCUCAGCCCCAGAUUUCAUGUCCAGCUCCCUGCUCAUCGAUGUCCAGCCCAGUGCCCUAGUAGUGUCAUCAGAACAAGAGAUGUCUGGACGGGUGGCUGCCACCACACCCACCAAAGUGUACAGUGAGGUCCACCUCACACUGGCCAAACCCCCAUCAGUGGUCAACAGGACGGCCAGGCCCUUUGGGAUCCAGGCGCCAGGGGGCAUGAGCCAGAUGGAACGGAGCCCCAUGGUAGAGAGACGACAUCCUGGAGAGAAGGCCCCAGCACCCCAGCCCCCCACCGUGGCAGACAGGAGUCCCCGACCACAGAGACAUGCAAUGUCCCACAGUCCCAUGGUGGAAAGGAGGCUGGUGGGGCAGCGAAGCCCGGCCUUGGAGAAACGCCCCUUGGGGAACUUCACCCCACCCCCCACCUACGCUGAGACCCUGUCCACGGCCCCUCUGGCUUCCCGGGUUAGGUCUCCCCCCUCUUAUUCUGCCCUGUACCCCAGCUCCAACCCCAAGUCUUCUCAUCUGAAGGGCCAGGCAGUUCCCCUCUGCAAGACAGGCAUUUUGGAGGAGUCGAUGGCUCGCCGGGGCAGCCGGAAAUCCAUGUUCACCUUCGUGGAGAAGCCCAAGGUGACCCCGAAUCCAGACCUGCUGGAUCUGGUACAGACAGCUGAUGAGAAGAGGAGGCAGAGGGACCAGGGCGAGGCAGGUGUGGAGGAGGAGCCCUUCGCACUGGGGGCCGAGGCCUCCAACUUCCAGCAGGAGCCAGCACCUCGGGACAGGGCCAACCCCGCGGUGGCCGAGGAGGCUGUCCCAGAGUGGGCCUCCUGCCUCAAGUCCCCCCGCAUCCAGGCAAAGCCAAAGCCCAAGCCCAACCAGAACCUCUCUGAGGCCUCUGGGAAGGGGGCUGAGCUCUACGCCCGCCGCCAGUCACGGAUGGAGAAAUACGUUAUCGAGUCUUCAGGCCAUGCUGAGCUGGCCCGCUGCCCUUCACCCACCAUGUCCCUGCCUUCAUCCUGGAAAUACUCCACUAAUGCCCCUGGGGGUUUCCGAGUGGCAUCCCGCAGCCCAGCUCGGACCCCACCUGCCUCCCUUUACCAUGGCUACCUGCCUGAGAAUGGGAUCUUGCGCCCGGAGCCCACCAAGCAGCCGCUCUACCAGCUGCGACCCUCGCUCUUUGUCCUCUCCCCCAUCAAGGAACCUGCCAAGGCCUCACCAAGGGCUGCCUCACCAAGAGCUGCCUCACCCGCCAAGCCCAGCUCCCUGGACCUGGUGCCCAGCCUGCCCAAGGCGGGCCUCCCGCCGUCUCCUGCCCUGCCUCGACCCUCCCGCUCCUCGCCAGGCCUCUACACCUCACCUGGCCAGGAUGGCCUCCAGCCCACUGCCGUGAGCCCUCCCUACAGCAGUGAUAUCUCCCCCGUGUCUCCCUCCAGGGUGUGGUCUCCUCGAGCCAAGCAGGCCCCCAGGCCCUCUUUCUCCACCCGAAAUGCCGGGAUCGAGGCUCAGGACCGCCGGGAGAGCCUGCCCUCCUCCCCGCCCUGGACGCCGAGCGCGUCCCGGCCCCCCAGCAGCCUGGACGGCUGGGUGAGCCCGGGGCCGUGGGAGCCCGGCCGCGGGAGCAGCAUGAGCAGCCCCCCGCCGCUGCCGCCGCCGCCGCCUAUGUCCCCGUCGUGGAGCGAGCGCUCGGUAUCCCCGCUGCGACCCGAGACCGAUGCGCGGCCCCCGAGCCGCCAGCUGCAGGCGCUCCUGGCGCGAAACAUCAUCAACGCCGCCCGGCGCAAGAGCGCCUCCCCGCGGCCGGCGGGAGCCGAGAGCCUGCGGCCCUUCUCCCCGCCCAGGGCGCCGCCGCCGCCGCCGCGCAUGCGCUCGCCGCGGCCCGCACGUCCCGGCCCGGCUGUGGCGCCGGGGACAGCGUUCGCACCCAUUCUGCGGAGCCCGCUGCCGGCCGGGCCGUCGUCCUGCGUUAGUCCCCGGAGCCCGCUGCCCGCGCCGCCCAGGCCUUUCCCCUAUCGCCGCUCACCCACGGACUCCGAUGUGUCCCUCGACUCCGAGGACUCCGAGGCUAAGUCGCCUGGCAUCCUCGGCUACAACAUCUGUCCCCGCGGGUGGAAUGGCAGCCUGAGGCUCAAGCGUGGCAGCGUCCCCGCCGAGGCCUCCUGCACCACCUAAAGUCCCCAUUCUCCCAUCCCUACCCCGGGAGGGCUGAGCCAGAAGUUAUCAGGCUUGGGGACCCCAGCACCACGUCCCCAAGGGGUCUGGCCUCAUUGGGCAGCCCCAGAGAUAAAGGGUCAGGAGAGGAGAGCUCUGGGCUUGGGAAUGGGUGGGAACCCAAGCUUGUGUUCUAGCCCUUGCUCCAUCAUAUAGUUGUGCGACCCUGAGCAGGACCUUUCCUGCCUCUGACCCUCAGCUUUCUCAUCUGUUUAAUGUGGCUUUGGCCAAGGUGGUCUCCAAAUUCUAAAUUCCCUCUCCCAUCAAUACAGACACACACACGUGCCUUGGAAGAGUCAGAGUGUUGUGAGUGUGGACCCCUAGACUUGCUCCAUCCGGGGUUCAUGCUUCCACUCCCUUCCUGGCUUUGCUCUGUGGAGGCUGCCAAUGGGAUGUGUUCAGAAGCUCCUAGACCUCUGUCCCAUGUCCAGGCCCUGGCUUGACCAUCCAGCUCCCUGGCACCAAUUCCCAGGCAGGAGCAGCUGUUUUCAAUCCCUUCCCAGACAAGCUCUAUUUUUACCCCAGUGACCUUUAGAGAGAUUUCCCAGGCCAGCUCAAGGUGCCUCGCUGGCCCUUCUGGAGAGAAGAGGCAGGAAGAGUCUCCUCAGGCCCCUGUCAUGCUACUUUCUCUGCCCCAGCUCCAACUAUCUGGGGUAUCUUUUCUGCAGUCAGGGAAGAGAGGUAUAAUGUGAUGAUUUCCUUCUGGCCUAGGACCUGGGCCUCCAGCCCAUUUUUCCCUUCUGGGUCCAUUCAUGGCACGUUCUGGGCUCAAAGCUGAGCUGGGGAGAGAAGAGAUAUGGCUGCUCUGUGACUUUACCUGAUUGCCCUGAGUGUGGAGUUGCCUGUUUGGAAGCAGGGAGGCAAAGAGUUCUUGUUGUAGGGAGUAUGCAAGCCAUGGCCAGGAUGCAUGGAUGAGAGUCUAGCAGGGGAUGGGAUUGGCUCAGAUGACCUUGGAGGGCUCUUUCAGUCCUGACAUGCCUUUCAUGGUAUUUGGAAGUGGGGGAGGGUGGUAGGGGAGGAUUGGUUGAGAUUGAAUUCAAGGCCAGAUGAGAUUGGGUGGGUGAGUGAGGAGUUAGGCCAGUGUCUCCCUGUGUUUCUGGUCCCCUAGGAAGUGCCCCCUCUUCAGUUUCAGGCCCCAGCCCAUGUCCAUAUCAUGCGCAGAAGAGUGGCCACGCUGUCCCACCCCAUCUUUUUCCCAUUGUACUCUGGCCAAGCUUGACCUUGGGGAGGCUGGCUGCAGGCCCUAGCCUGUCCCUUAAACCUGAGUGGCUCUGAUUCCAAUCUCCAGGAGGGACCCAGGGAGGAAUGUGGCCUAGUUCUGCAGUUUCCAGAGUUGGCUGGUAAUGCCUCUAGAGGUUCAGAAUAUCAGCUUCAGGAUACUCUGGGAGAAUGGAACUGGUCGAGGAUCAAAACUAUGGAGGGUGAAGGAUACUGGGAUGUUGCUAAAGGUCAGGGACAGAGUGUGAUUUUAGAUUAGGUGUGGAUUUAUCCAUCCAUCAGAGCGAUGUUAGACCUGGAACCCCCAAGUGAGGCUAGAGCCAGAAUGCAAGAGAGCCAGGGUUGGGAUGGGGUGCUUUGGAAUAUAGGAGUGAUCCCAGAUGGUUCCUAGUGCCUAAGGUUGGGGGACGCAGACCCUGUUGGUAGGAUGAUAAGAAGGUGCUCCUGAUCAGUUAAUGAUGAGUGGUCACAUUUGCCAAAGCCCUCAUCUGUGGCAGGGUUCCUUGCAGCAUGGGCAGCUGGGGCUAAGGGCCCCUUCCAGAGAAGGGACACUAUCAGGCCUCUGGCUUAUGCAGUGGCAUAGAGGAUCCACUUCUACCUGCAUUUCCCCAAGAAGAAAGUAGGAGGCAGCCUUGGGAAGCUGGCAUUCCCAGCCAGUCUCUGGCUUUCCUCUCAUCGCCACUGCCCUCUUUCCCAUCCUCUCCUUGAACUCACUACAGCUUGCCUGUGUCCUGCCUCUUGCCUCCUGUAGAAUUCAGCUCUGGACUUCAAUAAAUGCUUCCUGCA